AUGUCUCAAUUUGCAGUUCUAGAGGAUUGUGUUUUCUCCGAUCGUGGAGGUAUCAUCGAGAAUGUCCAUCGAAUUCACGCUGCAGUCACAGAUGCUUGUGGCAGUCUCUUGUACGCCGUUGGCGACCCAUCACGCCUGACACUCGCCCGAUCAGCGGCCAACCCAGCUCAGAUUCUCGCCCUUCUCGAGAUAGAAGGAUUUGAGCAAUUUGCUUUCGACGACAUGGAAAUUGCUCUCAUGUGCUCUUCACAUAGUAGCGAGGAGCGUCACGUCCAGUCAGGGGUCACGAUGCUGGCCAAGAUUGCGGCCAAAGAGCAAGACUUGCGGUGUGGAGGCCACCCAUCAAUGUCCGAGAGCGUCAACAACGAAUGGAUCAGGAGAGGUUUUACGCCUGGUGCUCUCUGCAACAAUUGCUCUGCGAAGCAUAUGGGCAUGCUCGCGGGGGCCAAAGCACUUGGACAAGAUGAAGAGUAUCACUUGCCGGAUCACCAAGUCCAAAUUCGUGUCAGACAUGCCUUUGAGGAGUUGACCGGCCUGGGGGCCGACGAGAUCAAAUGGGGCAUAGACGGCUCCCGCCCUCCUCUCCGUGACAUUAGUUACCUUUAUGCUCUCCUCGCCCACGCUGCAGACGCUGAGGCUCAGGGUCCUACAACGGACCUCAGAACGAGGCACUUGGCUAGGAUUUACCAUUCCAUGUGGCGAUUCCCUGGAAUGGUUGCUGGGGAUGCUAGAUUCUGCACUGAAUUGAUGCUCAAGCACGGUGGUAAUCUCGUUGGAAAGCUGGGUGCCAAUGGAUGCUAUGGUGUUGCCAUCCGAGACUCCGAAGAGACGCGGCAUCUGGGGGCUAACUCGGGUCUGGGAAUCUCCGUCAAGGGUGAAAAUGGAAACGAGGAGAUUUUGUACGCAGUAGUGAUGGAGAUUUUGGAACAACUUGGCAUCGGUUCUGCGGAAAGCCGUGCCGGCAUGGAGGCGUUUCACCACAUUGAACGCGUAAACACAGCCGGAGUCAUUACUGGAAAGGUAUCCUUCUCUUUCAAGUUACGCAAGCCUUGAAGUCGAAGAGACGAAACAGGAUUCCACAAUUACCUUAGACAUAGAGAAGCAUUCAGACGUAAGACUUACAGUAGUUUUACAAUCGGCAGCACUGCAAGCAUCGGAGCAC